CAUGAAAGUGCACUAUUUUGACUAAUGCUAAUGAUUAAAAUUUCACCGUUUUCUUCCCUCUCUUUCAACAGGAAGAUAAUUCCUGAUCAUUAUCAAAACAAAUGUGAUCUCACGCGCGUAGGUCGUCAAUCUUAAUGAAAACUUUUGCCAUCAGCAGCAAUCGAUGCUCUUAUGGGCAAAACGUAGUUCUUUCUAUACAAAAGCGUGUAAUCUCACGUAAGAUUUUCUUUCACUUGAUUUUGAAGAAAUAAUAAUUUCAUUUGCCUUUGAAAGUACUUGAUUUGGUUUCAUAAAUCAAAGUCUAACCAGCUAUAAACUAAUGAAGUAAAUUUCGUUUUCCUUAUUGUUGCUAUUAAUUUUUGAUCGUUCGUUAAUUUUACUGGGCUCACUUUUUUACUGUUAAAAGUUGAAUAAUGCGGCUAUAUUCGUUACUAACGAAGACUGUAACUUUCCGAAAAGGAAAAUAUUUUCCUAGAGAGCAUUUCGUUUAUAAUUUCUUCAAUUCUUUCAUCCCAUUGAGUAAUACUCAUGUGAAAAAUGAGAUUUCCGAGCUUCCUAAACUGGAUCAAAAUUACAAAGCUGUUUCUUCCCUUUUUGAAAGAUUAAAAAAAGGUGAGCGUAGUGCUCUAGCUUGUGCCAUAACUCUUGUUGAAUCUCAGCAUCCUGUAAAACAAGCUUCGGCACAAGUCUUAUUAAGUCUCGUUUUAAAGGAGGCCAGAAAGCGAUAUGAAAAACUUGGACAAAAAGCUCUUAGUUUUCGCUUAGGUUUAACUGGCCCUCCUGGUGCUGGUAAAUCUACUUUUAUUGAAUCGUUUGGGAAAAUGCUUACUUCUAAAGGCCAUAAAGUUGCUGUUUUGGCUGUUGACCCAUCUUCUUCAACAACAGGUGGGUCAUUGCUAGGAGACAAAACAAGGAUGACAGAAUUGUCCAGAGAUCCACGUGCAUAUGUGAGACCUUCCCCUGCAAGUGGAUGCUUAGGAGGUGUAACAAGGAGCACAAAUGAAGCAAUUGCAUUAUGCGAAUGUGCUGGUUAUGAUAUUGUUAUUGUUGAAACUGUUGGAGUAGGACAAUCUGAAUUUCAUGUUUCUUACAUGGUAGAUCUUUUUGGUAUGAUUGUCUCUCCUGCUGGUGGAGAUGAACUUCAAGGUCUUAAAAAGGGAAUUGUUGAAUUAGUAGAUAUGGUUAUUGUUAAUAAAGCUGAUGGAGAUCUGAUUCCUAGUGCACGGCGCAUUCAGGCUGAUUAUACAAGUGCAUUAAAAUUUGUUCGACGCAAAUUUAAACUAUGGAGGCCACUUGUUGUCUGUGUUUCUUCACAAACAAAAGAAGGCAUAUCUAGUUUAUGGGAAGAUAUGCAAGAGUUCCAGUCAAUCUUAAAUGAAUCAGGUGACUUAGAGUUACAAAGGAAGAAACAAUACAGUAUGUGGAUGUGGAUACAUAUUGAAUAUAAUUUACUCAGUGCAUUUAAAAAACACCCUGAAAUAAAAACUUUAGUAGUAGACAUUGAAAGGCAGGUCCAGGAAGGCAUUAUAACACCUGGCCAAGCUUCAGAUAUUUUAUUAAAGAAAUUUCUUCGUCCUUUUUAAUAUUAUUAGUCAAGAAUAGUCAGCUUUAUUUUGAAAGAUAUGAUUUAUAUAUUUUGUUGCUUUUUUAUAUUUUUAUGCAUGAAAAAUGAAGGACAUUGUUAAAUGUAUUGACUUUCAUGUUAUGAAAUAAAUAUUUUUCUUUAAAGAUUUAAAAUUCUUUCUUAUUAGAAUAUACUGCCUACUUAUAAGAGGUUUUUCUAAGUGCUUGGAACUAUUUUAAUAUAUGAUGCAUUUCUUGCACUUGAGAAGGGUCAAUCUGGAAAAACUUCAGAAUGACCUAUUAUUUGAUUUAUAAAAAUA